UUUGAAAAGUUUAGAAAUUGAAAAUGGCCGUGGUUGUAUUCCGUGACGUGUGAUAAGAGUCUACUUUACAUUUGAAUUACUAAAUUUCACAGCAACUCCGGUGAAAUUACUUGUGUUUUGUUAUUAUCUUCGAAGCUCUUGAGAUAUUUUCGUUGUAGCUGAUUCAUCGAAGAUUUCGUGCCCGGGUCACUGCUCAUCUGACUAUGAGUGAGCCUAUUCUAUUUUUCUCAUCUUCACAGAUGUGCAUUUCCCAUCUGUAAUUUUGAAUGUAUUACGCUUUUCAGUCAUCAGAUACUUCCAGUUCGCCCCAAUCAAAACUCCAGAGUACCAUGAUGCAUUUCUAAUGUGUCGUGCUCAGGCUCAGCAACAAAUGGGAAUAGCCAACAUAGUAUAAAAAUGAUUAUCCUCAAACUAUGACCAGCAAUGAGUCAAAACACAACCUGCACUCAGCGGUUGGAACCGGUGAGUCCUCAGUAUGUUGAGGUGGAAACAAGCGGUAUCGGAUGGUCGAGGUCUACCCCUGAACCCCAGCACUUUGAGGAUUGUGAGCAACGCAAAAUCUCAGCACUAUGCAACAAAGCGCAAGUCAAACUCAACGCGAUGCCGUGGUUUCACGGCAAAAUCUCGCGAGAAAGAGCUGAGCAGCUGUUAACUCCAAAACAAGAUGGUCUGUUUCUUGUUCGAGAAUCCACCAACUUUCCUGGUGACUACACGCUGUGCGUCUGUUUCCAAGACAAGGUUGAACAUUACCGUGUCAAAUACAAAGACAACCAUCUCACAAUUGAUGAUGAAGAGUUUUUUGAGAAUCUCGCUCAACUCGUUGAGCACUAUGAACAAGAUGCUGAUGGCCUGUGCACUCAGCUGACGAAAAGCUUACCAAAAGUAGGGAAACAAGAUGUCUGUGUUGACACAAAAGCAUUCAUCAAAGCAGGCUGGGUAAUCCAAGAACAUGAGCUUGAGCUAUGUGAGACAAUAGGCAAAGGGGAAUUUGGUGAUGUUAUGCUAGGAAUUUUGAGGGGUGAAAAAGUUGCUGUAAAGAUACUUAAAGAUUCGAGCGAAGCGGCGCAAAAGUUCUUAACCGAAGCUUCUUUAAUGACGUCGCUGAGAAAUGAAAAUUUGGUGCAAUUAUUGGGAUUAGUUUUUACGCAAAUCCCAAACUCGAGACAUAUUUUACUCGUGACAGAAUACAUGAGCAAAGGGAGUCUUGUUGACUACUUGCGAUCCCGAGGGCGACUUCAUGUCACCAAAAGGGACCAGAUCAACUUUGCUGUAGACACAUGUUCCGGAAUGGAGUACUUAGAAUCAAGGAAAGUCGUCCAUCGAGACUUAGCGGCUAGGAAUGUGCUCAUCUCGGAGUCAGGCGUAGCCAAAGUUGCGGAUUUUGGACUAGCCCGCGAGGAAAACUUCACAGUUGAUUGCGGGAAACUGCCCAUCAAGUGGACAGCGCCGGAAGCGUUGAAGUUGGGCAUGUUCUCCAAUAAAUCCGACAUGUGGAGCUUCGGGAUCUUAUUGUGGGAGAUCUACUCCUUCGGUAGGGUUCCAUAUCCGCGGAUACCCUUAGCAGAUGUUGUUAAACACGUAGAAAAAGGUUACAAGAUGGAAGCACCGGAGGGCUGCCCCUCGCAGGUGUAUGACAUAAUGAAACAAGCAUGGGAUCUUUCGCCAGAAAAAAGACCCACAUUCAAAGAAGUAAAGUGUAGAUUAUUAUUAUUCCAAUGCGUAACAGAAUAAUUGUAAUUUUAUUUUUGGAUUUAUUUUUAUUGUGUAUAGUUUUAUUAUUUUUUUAACCUCCCUCCCUCC